AUGCCUCUGUUUGGAAAGUCCCACAAGUCUCCAUCGGAGAUUGUGAAGAUUCUGAAAGAAAACCUUAACAUCCUGGUGAAGCAGGAGAAGAAAACCGACAAGGCCUCAGAGGAGGUGUCCAAAUGCCUGGUGUCCAUGAAGGAGAUCCUCUACGGCAGCAGUGACAAAGAGCCACACACAGAGACAGUGGCGCAGCUCGCUCAGGAGCUCUACACCAGCGGCCUCCUGCUGGGACUAGUGCAGCACCUGCAACUCAUCGACUUUGAGGGGAAGAAGGACGUGUGUCAGAUCUUCAAUAACAUCCUCCGGCGACAGAUUGGCACCAGAUCUCCCACCGUGGAAUACUUCUGCUCCCACAGCCAAGUGCUCUUCAUCCUGCUGCGAGGGUAUGAGUCCCCCGCUGUGGCCCUCAGCUGUGGGAUAAUGUUGAGGGAGUGCAUCCGACACGAGGCUCUGGCCAAAGUUCUUCUGGAGGCUCCAGACUUCCACAGGUUCUUCACAUACGUCGAGAUGUCCACCUUCGACAUCGCCUCAGACGCCUUUGCCACAUUCAAGGAUCUCCUCACGAGACACAAAGUCCUGGUGGCAGAAUUCCUCGACAAAAACUACGAAGAGGUGUUCACGGACUAUGAGAAGCUGCUGCACUCAGAGAACUAUGUGACGAAGCGACAGUCUCUGAAGCUGCUGGGUGAGCUGCUGCUGGACCGACACAACUUCACGGUGAUGACCAAAUACAUCAGUAAAACGGAGAACCUCAAACUGAUGAUGAACCUGCUGCGAGACAAGAGCCCGAACAUCCAGUUUGAGGCUUUCCAUGUAUUUAAGGUCUUCGUGGCGAACCCCAGCAAGACUCAGCCGAUAGUGGACAUCCUGCUGAAGAACCAGACGAAGCUCAUCGAGUUUCUGUCCAACUUCCAGAAGGAGCGAACAGACGACGAGCAGUUCAACGAUGAGAAAACCUAUCUCAUCAAGCAGAUCCGUGAGCUCAAGAAGCCCGCCUCCUAA